GCAACGUAUUACGUACUCGGAGCUCUAACGCUUGCAUCAACGGCAGCUUUCAUAUUUCUUUACACGCAGGAUGUAGAAAGUAACAGGUAUGUUUCAAAAUCCGAAGCUGCUCACAUACUUGGAGGACGGACGCCUGUUAGUAAAAAAGCUCCUGUUCCAUACAGGAGCGUUCUGACAGACCUCACCAUAUGGGCUAGUCUCAUAUUAUUCGUAGGCUACUAUACCGGAAUGAUAAUCUAUCAACAAUAUAGCCCUAUUUUCAUCAAGCAAGUACUCAACUACACCAUUCGACAGACCGGCUAUUUUUCGGCUAUUCCCAUGAUUUUUGCCAUUGCGUUGAAAAUCGGAGUUGGAAAAAUGAUAGAUCAUGGCCUUGGAUUAACCACAAAGUGGAGAUUGGCGGCACCUUUGCUGACGUUAGAGAUACUCAGUGCAAUAUCAAUCUUCCUUACCGGUUUCAUAGACGAUAGAAGGAUCGCUUUGUUUUUCGAUAUGCUAUUUGCUGCUCUACAUCUCUUUGUUCCGGUGAUAGUUAGCAGGACCAUACAGAUUAGAGGAGCGCAACAUGCCCAUUUUGCGAUGAACUUCAAUAUGUUUAUCGCCGGGUUCGUUCAAGUCUUUUUACCAGGUGGAGUACAGCUUCUUGUCCCAGACAACACAAAAGAG